AUGGCGGACCCCGACAAAGAGAUGAUCAGACUGCAAUGGCUGAUAAACUUUGCUCAGCUGAAUCAACUCAACAAUGAAGUGAAGCACAUCAACAGUUACCUGGAGAGCAGCAGCGGACAGAAAUGGUACGUCAGCAGAAAAGGGCAGCCUGGUAUCCAGUCUAUCGUGAUCCGAGUGCUGAUCACCCCCACCCUGUUCUCACUGAGGGAUGUGGACACCGUCAAACAGGAAUUCUCGGCAGAACUCUGGUUUGAAAUAUUCUACAAGGACCAGAAGCUGAAGGGGGUUACAGACCGAGAGGAUGUAGACUGGGAUAACCAGUGGGAUCCGCGGAUCGUUCUGAGGAACACGACGAGCAUUGAGACACAGAGCUCAGCACAAAACCUGAUCCUGGUAGUCGGGGAGGACGUGCCCAUCGUGCACGAGUUCAGGAAGUUUCGGGCUACCUUCAAGGUUGACAUGGAUCUCGCCGACUUUCCUGUUGAUCACCAGGAACUGACUGUCCAACUGAUGUCAGGGUGGCCAAUCAAGAAAGCGGACCUGAGAAAGAACUAUGGGUCCAACGACACUAUUACUGAUGAGGACUUUGCUGAACUUGACCAGUGGACAGUGAGCAAGUUUCUAGACUGCAAACAUGACACCAAAACUAACAGGCAGUCCGAAACCUUCGGCGAGUACCCCGUGUACAACAUCACUGCGCAUGUGCAGAGGAAGUCGUCUUUCUACUUAUGGAACACCGUACUCAUCUUGUUCAUCAUCAUUGCCCUCUCGUUCACGGUGUUCUCCAUCCCACUAGAAGACCACAAAGACCGUCUCGGCAUCACUUUCACCCUGCUGCUCACCACAGUGGCCUUCAAACUGGUGGUGUCCCAGUAUCUUCCCACUGUUUCCUACCUGACUCUCUUGGACAAGUACGUGCUGGGGUGCAUCAUCUUCCAGUGCGUGGUGGCUGUGCAGAACACCGUAGCCUCGGUGAUAAGGGACAAGGAACGCGCCAGGCUGUUUGACGGAGUGUGUGUGGGCCUCUUUGGGGCUGCAGUCCUCUUGGCACAUCUGGUCAUUGGCAUCGUCGUUUGGACAAAAUGGAAGAAGAACAGUGGCAAGCUGCAAGAGAUAGACCAGAAGUUCGAGCAUCUCAAAGAACGAGUUGACGAAGCCUACAAGGAGCGUGAACGCGCCAAGAGGUAUGGCAUAAAAGUACCUGGGAGCACCGGGAGCAACCUGAUCAUCAAGGGCUUUACUGAAGAAGAGGUUCGAGAGUUGCAGAGGGAAGAAAUCUAG